AUGCUUCGCAAGAAGAGAUCAAGAAAGCCUACAAGAAGCAGGCAAUGGAGUGGCAUCCAGAUAGGCAACCCCCUGAAAAGCGAGAGGAGGCACAGAAGCGAUUUAGCCAAGUUGCCAAUGCCUACGAGACAUUGUCCGACCCGAACAAGCGGCAGAUGUACGAUCUGGGAGGUGGCAAGGAAUCCCAGCCAUCCGGGAAGCUACAGCAACAACCAGGCGGCAGCUGAGGAACUCUUCCGACAAGUCUUCGGAAGUUCUAGUUUCCGGGAGGUGAGAGAGAUCACUUGGCAGAAUGGUGCAUUCCUGCGCCCUGGCUCCAUAGUGAAGGUGUCUCCUGACCGGAACUUGGUGGUGGCCUCAUGCCGCAAAGCAGGCAUUGAUUCUACCAAUGACGCCCUCAGGCUGAAAGCCUUGGGGAAAGCAGGCCGUGUGACCAAGGUUGAUCACGAUGACAACACGGUUAAGAUUCGCGUGGCUGGUGUCGAGAAGGAAGUGUGGCAACGAAGCCCAGAGAAGGUUCUGCAGAGUUUCCUGCGGAGGUGCUUCAACAGGAUGGACAACCAGGAGGUAACCGCAACGCUUGCGGUGGAUUUUUGA